AUGGCAAUCAAUGCUUCUCAUCAACAGGCCUAUCAGGUCCUGAGCGACAUCUUUGAGUUCCCUAAUGACGAGCAAAGGAACUGGUGGCAUAGCACCGCUCCAAUGUUUGCGCAGAUGCUACAGACUGCGGACUAUGACAUUCACACCCAGUACCGAUGUCUAGCUAUGUUCAAGAAGCAUAUAAUCCCCUUCUUGGGGGUCUAUCCCACCAAUGAUCGGGAUCGCUGGUUGAGCAUUUUAACUCGCUACGGCACCCCAUUCGAACUGAGUCUGAACUGUUCGGACUCUCUCGUCCGAUACACCUACGAGCCUAUCACCGCGGCUAGUGGAGGUUCCGAGGACCCCUUCAACACUUUCGCCAUCUGGGAAGCCCUCAAACCACUAAUGCUAAUCGAGCCUUCGCUGGACAUCGAAUGGUUUUCUCAUUUCAAGAGAGACCUCACUGUGGAUGCGCAGGAAUCAGCCAUCCUGCAGCAACAGGGAUUGGCCGGCGGGCAGAUCAACACGCAGAACAAGCUGGCGCUGGACCUGAAAGGCGGGCGAAUAGUGCCCAAAACAUAUAUCUACCCUGCGCUAAAGGCGGUAGCCACGGGGCGAUCCGUUCAGGACCUCAUUUUUGACUCCAUCAAUCGUGUGGCAGACCGCCACCCGGCCAUCCAGGCUCCCCUAGAGAUGUUGGAGGCAUACGUGCACGGCCGGGGACCGCACAGCACCGUGUCGCCACGACUCCUGUCCUGCGACCUAAUCGAUCCCACCCUGUCGCGGAUCAAGAUCUACCUGUUGGAGCGAAUGGUCUCCCUCGACGCAAUGAAGGACCUGUGGACGCUCGGCGGCCGGCGCGAUGACGUGUCCACGCGCGCUGGAUGGGAGAUGAUCCAGGAGCUCUGGGAUUUGCUCCAGAUUCCCAGCGGGCUGCGCUCCUAUCCUGAGCCUUACCUUCCGCUGGGCGCUGUCCCCGACGAGCUCCUCCCCAGCAUGGCCAACUACACACUGCACCAGAAUGAUCCCGCACCCGAGCCGCAGGUCUAUUUUACUGUGUUUGGCAUGAAUGAUAUGGCGGUCGCCGAUGCGCUGACCACGUUUUUUGCCCGCCAGGGCUGGACACGAAUGGCGGAAAGAUACAAAGAGAGUCUGUGCGCCUCUUAUCCCUACGCUCUACAUGAGGAGCUAAACUACCUGCACGCAUACAUUUCAUUCUCGUACCGCAAGGGUCGACCAUACCUGAGUGUGUACUUGCAGACGCUGGAGACGGGCGACUGGGCAGUUACACACUUAGAUUCUGCCUGCGACGAAAGCAAGGAUAUCUAG